GUAAUUUUUUUCUCGCACGAAAUUUUCUCGUAAAAAAUUGCUUCUCAGGAAGCAUAAACUCUCAUGUAAUAAAAACGGAAAUAAAUGAUGGGAAAGCGAGCAGUAACUGUGGAGCAGAAUAAUAAUCAGACUUAUACAAGUUCUAAUCAAAACAAUCAACAAAUACAAGAGAAUCAACGAGGGAUGGUGGGAAGUAAUGGUGGAAAUAACAAGAAUGCAAUCUAUGGAUGGAGAAAGCAAUGCCUUUAUUUCAUUAUAUUUCUACUUAUGGUAUUAAUAUCAAUCAAUUUAGCCCUUACAUUAUGGGUGCUUAAGGUUCUGGAAGUAUCAAAGGAUGGAAUGGGUCAAAUGAGAAUAGUUGAGGGAGGUAUACAGUUGGAAGGACAAGCGAUUAUUCUAGAUGAAUUGAAGACCUCACAUAUUAAGUCAAGACAUGGGCAACCGUUGACAUUUGAGUCUUCAAGAAACUUAACAUUCAACACAAGAGACUCAGAUGGGGAGGUAGAAAAUCAAUUAUUCCUUGGACACGACAAGUUCGAGAUACAUGCCAAAAAAUUCAAAGUUACAGAUCCUUAUGGAAGGACGUUGUUUUAUGUUGAUCGAGAUUUAGUUGAAAUCGCUGCUGAUAAGCUCAGGAUCGAGGGGGAUGGUGGAUUAAUUUUCGAAAACUCAAUCCAAACACCAAUAGUAAAGGCAGAGCCAGGACAGGAUUUAAAACUCGAGUCCCCAACACGUUCAAUAGAAAUGCAGGCAUCACAAGAGCUUUUCAUUCAGUCGCGUGCUGGUAGCAUAGAGGCUUCAAGCUUAGAGGAUAUUACGUUGCGCGCAAAAAAUAUUCGCUUUGAUGCUGAAGGUAUCAUAGUAUCAAAUAUGAAAACAACUCGACCGCCUUCUUAUUAUGAGAAAUCAAAGCCAGACCGCUCGACAGACUAUAAAUUUUAUCAAGUAUGCAUUUGCGAGAACGGCCGAUUGUUUCUCGCUCCAUCACAUGGAAAUACAUCAUGUGCGGCUGAUGAUGCAAAUGUAUGCAGAUAAUAUUAAGAUAUAGAGUAUUGGGAAUAUACAAGUAAUAUAAUUACAUUAAAAUACGCAUAGAGAAUCUUAAUCAUAUCAUUGAAAAAAGAAUCAAAUGUUAUUAACGAAUUAUUGAACUUACAACCUCACAAGAAUGAAAAAAACAUGAAAGAAUUUGAAUAAAGCACAAAUUAAAUAA